CGAGCUUUCAUCUCUGGUGCGCACGGCCAUUCCAUUGCGCUCUGAACAAGGGGCAAGUACACAAGUGGAGAAAGGCUAUUUAGAGCUAAUUUCAUAUAGUGUAGGCCUAAAAACUAGACAAUUCGGCGUAGAAAGUGCUUUUUUACAGUGUAUAUUGCACAUGUACUUUGUUUAGCAGUGCCUUCUAAAAAUGUUGGACCAUUUUGCGAAUGUCUUCCAUUUCAGGGCCGGUGGUGGUACUGCUGACUGUACUCCAGUGGGCAGGACGAGGCCUCCCUUCUCCUGUCAGGCCCAUCUGUGACCCGCGCGUCCUGGAUCCCUUCAUCAUGGAGGCCCGCGACACAGAGACCGCUCUGCGAGGUUGCAAGGCAGGGUGUGGAGUGACAGGCACAUUUGUGGUUCUUCUGACAAAUGUUGACUUUGUAGUCUGGGAGACAAAGGAUGACCUGCCCCUUCCUCCAGCACCAGCAGUAGGUGACUCAGUGACUAGGAAGGUGUCGUCCUUAUCUGAGCUGCUCCAUGUCCACACCAACUUCCUACGAGGGAAGGGUCGCCUUCUGCUCACCAAUGCACCUGCCUGUCAACAGAACAGCACUUGAUUGGAGCUUUCCUCAAAAGCAGAAGAGGAUGUGAUUGGACCGUUGUUUAGAGAGAGGAUGAGGUGAUUGGACUUUUGCUGAAAUCUCUGAAUGGCUUACCAAGUAUGGAAUGUGUAGACAAGGUCGGAAGUUCUACAGCUCAUUGAUCUCACCGGUUCCUCGUACUACCUAGCAGUACUGCCAAAGAGCUCUGAUGCAUGCAGUGGAAUAAGCUACAGAUAUAACACAUCAUAGAAGAUCAGAUAUAAUGUCCUAAAUCCAAGAAUUGUAUAUUAUGUUCUAUUUAUACAGUUUGCAUUAAACUUGUCUUAAACAUGUUUUUA